GAAACAUCUGUUGAUUGUGCCCCGACGGCAGGAAGAAGAAGAACCGCGAGGAGGACGAGGAGAUGGGGAUGAUGAUGUUGAUGAUGGAGUCCGAUAGGUGAAGCUACAAAUCGUUCCAAUUCGGGAGCGGCAGGUGCUUGGUUGUAUUGAUUCUACAGAACAUCUAGAUGUGGGCUCGGAGGAGAUGGUGGUCGACCUGAGUUGCAAGUAGUUCCAUCGAUACUCCUUCACAGUGUUACGUGGGAUAGCUUUGGGUCCUGGAUGUGGCUUGUCUUGUGCUUUUACUGCUGCUGCUGUUAGCUGUUGCUGUUGCUUUGCCUGGGUGGUGUAGUGUGGGACUCCAUAAUCCUAGAAGAGAGAAACAAAACCUCUUUAUCGACUUCUCUUUCUGUUUGUUGUGUUGUUUUGUUCUUUGUUGGUGUCUACAUUUUCGCGUUCGAGCCAUGGGAGCUUUUGUUCCUUUUUUAGCAUCGCCUUUCCGUGUUCUAUCUAUCCGAUUCGAAGAUAAUUUGGUUUUGUCGAGUUUUCUUCUGCUGUUCUCGUUUGGUGCUUUGACGCUGAUCCUCCCUUCUCUCAGGAAAAAAAAAAGAGUACGCAGGGCGGGGAAGAACGGCGCCGGUUCCGUGGCAGAAACCAUUGCCCGGUGGAGAGAACACAAUCGCCAGCUCGACUGUUCCAUCGAUGGUGAAGAGCGAGUUCGGAGAGCACCUGCAAAAGGUUCAAGAAAAGGUUGCAUGCGAGGCAAAGGUGGACCAGAAAACCCUAAAUGCAGAUACCGUGGUGUAAGACAGCGUACCUGGGGCAAGUGGGUUGCCGAGAUCCGAGAGCCAAACCGGGGCAGUCGCCUUUGGUUGGGGACCUUCCCGACUGCUGUGGAAGCUGCUCUUGCCUACGACGAUGCCGCAAGAGCCAUGUACGGUACUAUGGCCCGCGUCAACCUGCCGGGAGCUGUAGACGUCCCUGCCAUGAGAAGGGAGUCGUGCGAGACGACCACGACUUCACGUAAAUCCAGUGCGGUCGAUGGCUCCAUGUCUCGUGAGAUCGACCGCAAGGUUCCAAGGUUUGACCCGAGGGAUGAGGUGGCUUAUUCCGAUGCCACAGACGUCUCGGAUGACUGGGACGAGGAUGUGAAGCUGCUUCCAAAGGUCCAACAGAAAGAUAAAGCGGAGAAAGAGUCUACUACGACCGAAGCGUGCGUAGAGCUUCGACAGACCGGUGAUCGGGAUCCUCCUACGACGGAUGGGCGGGAGGAAGAAUUCUCUGUAGAGGAGAUGCUGAGGAUGAUGGGUGCAGAUGCCGAAGCUAGUAUGCUCUGUCAUCUCGGUCCUGUUGGUGGGGACGUGAACUGGCAGGGCAUCAGUGCAGCCGACGACCUAGCGCUGCUGGACUUGCAGCAGAAUCCAGAUGCUACACUGUGGGGCAUGGCGCAGAAUCCUCUGGGGUUCGACUACGGUGAUGAUAGUCUUUCGAGGCCGCUGGGAGAUGACUGGGAGUACGGCCCGGUGGAGGUUCCAAAGAUGACGGAGUUGGGGACGUUUGAUGCGGACUUCUCGUCCGGCCCCAGGAGGUAAAGACCAUUCAUUUCUCGGAAGAUUAGUUGUUCUUUUAUUUAGAAAGCAGACGCAUUCCACAGGUUUAUUUUUUUAUUUUUAGAAUACGAGGAGAAUGGUAUAUGCUCAGAAUGCUGUCGCCAUAUGUGUGUAAUGGUACUAGAAAUUUUUAUUUGUAUUUUUUGGGCUGUGUAGGUGAUGUGAGGGUGCGUAGCAGUAGCAGAAGUCA